GAAAACUUGCCAAAUGCUAAAUUGAAUUGUUUGAUUUUGAUGGUUGACAAUUUCCACGUGUGGAUAGUAUCUUUAGGUGGGAGUUCUCUAGAUUAUUAUUAAUUCAAUUUGAUAAAACCGAGUAUCUUAUCAUUGUGCAGGCACCGACAAACAUUUAUCAUUCCAUUACUUGAAAAGAGCUAUUAUUCCUCCUCUCUCAUCAUUACUGUAGAGUUGAAUCGUGGAGUACUUUUGAUUUAAAAAACGUAUUAGCCUACCUAGGUAAAAUAGCCGGAACCAUGGUAUCACCAACAGAGUCAGUGAGUCCUUCGACGACCGUUGCUGAGAAGAGUCCUUUGCCGGCCGGCCGAUUCCGCCUGGUGGGUUGGGACGUGGACGCCACCGGACAAAUGGUCACCGAUGAGAUCUGCCAACUGGCCGCCCAUGUGCCCAGUGAGGACUUUUCCCAGUACAUUAUGCCCUACAAGGACCUCACCAUCUUUGCGCAGCGACGCUACAUGAUGUACACCAAAACUAUCGGCCGGUUCCGGGCGCUCAGGGAUAAGACUAACCAUAAGAUGCUUAGAACGAAAAGCGAGAUUUCGGCUCUAGUUGACUUUCUGAUGUGGCUGGAGAAAAUAAAGAACCAGGAGCCAGGCUGCACUGGUCUCAUUCUGCUUUGUCAUGACGCCCUCGAAUUAGCUCCUCUACUUUUGAUUCAGGCGCUCAAGAGGUACGACCUGCUGGACCGAUUCUCGAGCAUAGUGAAGGGCUUCGGCAACUGCUACGCGUUCGUGAAGUUGCGGUGCGAGUCGAGUGUGACCUCGUUCACCCUGAAGACCCUCUCCAAGGUGCUGUUGGACAAGGAGGAUGAGCAGACGCACAGCGCCAAGAAUCGCGCGCGCAUUGCUUACCAGUUGGUGCAGCACCUGCGCGCCGGAAUGGUGGAUCAGUCGGGGCCACUGGUGAGCGACCUGGGCGAGUUGGCCCAGUUCACGUGGACUGUCGCCGACAAGGAAGCGAAAAUCGCGCCGCGACUCGAACUGCUGCAGCGACACCAGUCGCUUGUGCCCCUCUUCAAGUCGUCUGCCGAGCGACCUGCGAACGGCAAGGCGACAUUGCCCGAGAAACCUGCGAACGGCAAGGCGAUAGUGGCCGAGCAACCUGCGAACGGCAAGGUGACAGUGGCCGAGCAACCUUCGAGUGACAAGGCGACAGUAGCCGAGCGACCUGCGGGCGACAAGAAUGGUCGCGGUGAUAGGAGGAGAAGUGGUGGGGGCGACCGACGCCUCACCCUGCAGGAGAGACGACGCGCGGUGCAGCUGAGGAGUCAGCUCAUUGAGGCCAUGAUCGAUUACGACACUUUGCAGAAAACUUGGACUGAGGGCAAGAAGGAGAAACUAGUGGGCCUGCUGGAGUCGGCACUGAGCGAGUGGAACGAGGCUGACCGCAAGGAAAUGGUGGAGAUAGCCGUGCGCCACUUUGAGUGUCCGCCGCUACUCCCCAAGGCGGGGCGUCGCCGUCGUGGAUCCAGCAAGUCAUCCGCAUCCGCGCCGCAAACCCCCACCUCCUCCUCAUCGUCGCCCUCCUCUCCUCCUCCCACCAACGGACACAGUGUCACCACCACCUCCUCUCAUCUCAUCUAAAGUGCACCUAACUACUCUUUGAAUUGUUUGCAUUUUAUUUUGUGAGUGGUGGCACUAACUUUAAGUCUAACGCCCGGUUGUAAAAAAGUCUGAUAAAUUCUAAUCAUGAUUAAACUCCACGAGAACCAAUCAGAGAAUGUUUUUCUGAGAAGAAGGCUUUUCUAAUUGACUCUCGUGGCAUUUAAUCGAGAUUAAAUGUUAAAUUUUUAUCACGAUUAAAUUUCACGAGAGUCAAUCAGUGAUGGUUUUCUGGAAAGGAGGUUACUCUGAUUGGCUCUCGUGUCAUUUAAUUAGGAUUAAAAGUUGACAGACUUUUGUGCAACCAGGUGUUAGAGCUCUACUUCUGAAUAAGUAGUUUAGAGUUGUUUUAAAGCCACUUGUAGACAGGGAAAGUAGAGACUAGAGGUUGCUGGUAGACAGUGCUUGUCAGUACGUCACUUUCACCAAUUUUUAUUCAAUCCGACUGAAUGGAAAUUGAAAGUGGUCAAUGACAUACUGGCCGACUGUAACUUGGCGUCUCAAUUUUCCUCUUACAAGCCGCUUUACAUUCAACCUGUAACAGCAGCAACAAGUGUCUCUAAAGUUUCCCUUGUUAUGGCAGUACUAAAAUGUAGUCUGCUACUGUUAAAAGGUACCAUUUACCAAGUACAACUCGCUUCUACUGAGAAAUUAAUUUAAUUUUUUUCUAACUAUUACUUCAAUCUAAAAAAAUAUUCGAAUUUGUAAGCUAUAGUGUUGUACUGAGGUAGUAAGUGAUGUCUUGAAUUUGUGAAGUUUGUUCACACUAGUCGAUUGUGAAGAGUUAGAAGCUCUUCUCAAUCAGCCAAUGAUUGGAGUAUACUUUAAGAAGUUCAUGCAAUCACUUGCAUUACCUGGACACUUUAUCUCUACUUUCAAAGAGUAACUUUCUUUUUCAAACCUAUAAUUCAUUCUAGGUUGUGGAUAGUGGAUAGGGGUUUUAAUCCUUAUUUUCAGCCCUAGAUUGUAUUUUCAUUUAUCAUUAACUUCAAUUAAUAAUUUUCCAAUUUAUGUUGGAAAUAUUGAUAAGAUCAACAAGCUAGAUUUAUUUGUUAUAAGACCCAGUGAUUUUUGUUUUUGUUAAACUGUACCUAAUUGGUAUGUUAUUAUUUGUUAAUUUAUCAAUACUAUUUAUUGUUUAUUUUCAUAUCCAUAUUUUGUUGAUGAAUUAUGGAAACAAAGAGUGCCUUAGAGCAGUGAUUAUUUUAUUUAUGUUCUUUCAUCUAUUUUUCGAGGAGUAUUAAUUUUGUUGAGUAAGAUUUGAUAACUGAUAUGAUUGUAUUAUUGUCAUUCACUAUCUAGCUAUCUUCUAGUUAUAAUUUGUAUGACAUUUAUGUUAUGUUUAAUUGACACAACUGUUGUAAUAUUUGAGUGCAAUAUUGUUUUAGUACAGUAUUUGGGUGGACUUCGUAUUAUUUUGUUAUGAAAAAUAGUAAUUAGUUGAGUAAUGAACAAAUUACUAUUCUGCUAAAGAAUAUUAGCUAUUCACAUACUCAAUACUUUUUUUCAAUUGAUGUGGAAUAAUUGAAAUAAAAUGUGGCUGUAUUGAACAUUUUUGAUACAGUGAUACUGAUGAAUUUUCCAAUAUCAUAAUUAUUGGAAUACUCAUAUUGACGGUAGUAGUUUUAAAAAUGUUUUAAGAUAAUAAUCAAAACCUCCAAAAUUGAAGGUCUUAAAUUGACAAAUUUCUAAUUCUUCAUCGUCAAAGCUUUCAUCGAGUCGAAACUUCACUUUUCGGACGAACAUCCAAAAUAACAAAUUCAAUUAAUUUUUCAUUCGAUUUCAAUUUUCAUCCAAAAUUCCUAUACUUCUGGCAAACAAUAUUAAUAUCCGCUGUAAGCUGUUCCUUCAGAAAUCAACUUCUUUCUCACUUACAUUCCUAAUGAUGUUCAAUUCCAAAAAUAAUGUGCAAUGUUUCUUGUCAUCAAGUACAAAUUAAUAAUUAAUUUCAAUCAAAUUACUAAUGUAGAAUAUUCUUAGCUAUAAUUUAAGAAUAUUUUUGUCAAUUACGAAAUGUGGCUGUGAAAUGCGUUUCUAGUCAACAUAUAUUAAUAUAGAAGAUGGUCCCAACAUUUCAGUAUUCGCUUUUCAUUCUGGUAGUAAAAGGUAUUGCAAAAUUAAAUUUUGAUUCCAAAGCCAAAACUUGAAUAUAUUUCCAAUUAUUUUUCGUGAUAAUAACUGGGAAAAGAUGAACUAGUAGGAGUACAGUAAUCUGAAAUAACAUAACAUGCGUUGAAAAAUCAUUUCAGAACUUGGCCAUCUUGUUUCUCUUCUGAAUUUGGUUUUAUCAACUUUGCCUUUGUCAACAUAUAACAAGUUAUUUGAUCAGUAUUGUAAUGAAUUUUCUAUCAAUAAACACAGUUGUGACUAA